CCCAUAUGACCAAUAUAUAUUGAUGGCUGCUACUUCUUCCGCAGGACUUCUAUCAAGGAGAUCAGGACUCUGUGGUUUCCUGCAGAGAGCUUGCUGUCUAGGAAGCGGUGGUCUCCCUGCAGCCUUACUGUGUCAGCAACAUCAGCGCUUCUUCUGGAGGAAGUGGAAGAAUUCUCACUCUCACAAUGUAGUUCGCCCAGCUGUUGUUAGGCCUGCCUAUGCCGUACCAAAGCACAUUGUACGACCUGACUAUGUGGGUACUGGACUGGUCCCUAAGUGGCCAGACUACAUAGAGAUCAAAGACCAAGAGCAGACCGAAGGUCUUGCCAGAGCAUGUCAGCUAGCCAGACAUGUACUGCUACUUGCCGGAUGCAAUCUGAAGGUUGGUAUGACAACAGACGAAAUAGACUUCAUCGUGCAUCAGGAGACAAUUAAGAACGAUGCCUACCCAUCCCCUCUCAGAUAUGGGGGUUUCCCCAAAUCGGUCUGCACAUCUGUGAACAACGUGGUCUGUCAUGGCAUACCUGACAGUCGGCAACUUCAAGAUGGCGAUAUUAUCAACAUUGAUGUCACUGUGUAUUUAGAUGGUUACCACGGUGACACCUCGGAAACCUUCCUGAUUGGCCAGGUGGAUGAGGUUGGCCGACGAUUGGUGGAAACUGCCAGGCGUUGCCGAGAUGAGGCCAUUGCUGCCUGCAAGCCGGGGGCACAGCUCUGUGUUAUAGGGAACACUAUAAGUGAAGUAGCCCAUGCCAAUGGCUUCCAAGUAUGUCCGUAUUUCAUUGGACAUGGAAUAGGCUCCCACUUUCACUGCCAUCCUGAGAUCUGGCACCAUGCAAAUGACAAUGACAUGACCAUGGAUGAAGGAAUGGCUUUUACAAUAGAACCCAUACUGAUGGAGGGAUCUGCAGAGUUUAGAAUCCUGAAGGACAAGUGGACUGCAGUGUCUGCAGAUGAUAAAAGGUCGGCUCAGUUUGAACACACGGUUGUCAUCACAUCUGACGGAGUGGAUAUUCUCACUAAACUGCCAGAAGAGAGCAAUCUGUGACCUGACGUGAUCUACCUGCUGACUUUUACACAAAGCUUUUACAAAUCUGUUUACAUCAAAGAGGGUCUAAUCUAUAAUCACUGUUACAAGAACUUGAAUAGGGACUCAAUGAUGAUCAACAUAUUGUAAACAAGCCCACCUGAAAUAUGUAAAAAAAGAAAGGGUAUCUCUGAAUUUAGUUUGACUAAAAUGGGUUGUUUGCACCCACCAUGGGAGGAUAUACCGUGACUACCUGUGAGUGUGUGUGUUUAUACUGAGUACAAGUAUAAAAGAUCCCCAUCUCUUCUACAUUUCAGUCUAUCCUUCUUCUAUCCCUUCAGCAGCUGACCGGUUAGAUUUUUUGAAGCCAGCAGAUUUAUUUACUCCUUUAUGACAGACAGUUGUGACAGUCAAGAGGGACUUGAAA